GGAGCGCUACGGUGCUACGCUUCAGUGCUACGCUUGAGUGCUACGACCCACACACGUCGUGAUGUGGACUGCGUGGCUUCUAUUAGCCUUGGCCGUUACAGUACAAGGACGAGCGGUAAACAUAAGCAACACAUGGGUGUUGCCAGAGGAGGGGUUUCCUGUGUUCUACCGCUACUUCAGGGACCGCAUCUCUUGGUAUGAGGCAGAUGCUGUCUGCCAGUUUCACCACGCUAAUCUCGUUACAGUGGACACCACAGCUCAGUAUGACGCAGUGAGAGCUUAUUUGAAGGAACUGGAUAUUUCCAGUGCCGUUUGGGUCGGCCUCAUUAGGAGCAAUCCUGAUGGUGACUUCACAUGGACAGACUACAGAGGUUUAAGUGGCGAAGGAUAUUGGAGUUCAGCUCCGGAUUCGAGGACGGCACCGCUUUGUGCUGCGGCCGACCCUGCUGCUGACUACCGCUGGGAUGCGAGAGCGUGUGGAGGACCUUCCGUUGCUUCAUUUAUUUGUGAAUUACCAGUACCGCAAUGGGCGCUGGGUAGUGAAGGGUGUAUGCUGAAAGCUCUACCGGCGCUGACUGUGUUGUAUCUACCAGAAAGUGCGGCUGUGCAACUCACCACUGAUUGUGGUCUGGCGGGAGUACGACGAGUUCAAUGUACAGGGAAUGUUAAAAGGGAAGAUCUACUCAAAGAUUUGUCAUGCUCUGAGGAUGAUACUUCAACUACUCUUUGGAAUGUUCACUUAACAGAAAAUGAUAUGGAAACAACUACAGGUCUCAUGUUUGAUGGAGACUCAGUAACUGACGAAAAUAUAAUGACAGACCAACCAGAAAUUCAGCAAAGUACUGUUAAAUCUUCCACAACGCAAACAUUUAAUUUGGUUACACAAAGGAUACCAUCUAGGCAAAAUCAACAAAUUUCGAUGUUCGAUAAAGUUCCAGAUUUGAAUAUAAUCGAAAACAACAACAUCUACAAUAAUAUACCAGCUGGACCAUAUAAAACAGACUUUUCAAGUACUGAGUAUGCAAAUAAAUUAGAAGAUGAGAGACAUAUGCAUCACAAGUUAUUACACGAUGAGUUGGCCCGACUUGGUAAUUUUGAAAGUAUAUUUAAUCAAGCUACUGAUCAUUUCGUACCACCACUAGUAAUGGCGAAAGCUAAAUUAAGUAACGACAUGAAUACUGUGUCCUUCGAAGAAAAGCUUGCUCAAGAGCAUGAAGAUUAUGAAGAAUUGACUAAACAUUCAAAUAACAUGAAAUUAAUCACCAAAAAUAAUGUAGCUACAACCCAAGUACCACAACAUAAAACAACAGAUAAUAUUAUCUUUAAUUCGCAGGAUCUAAUUCAUCAAAAUAAGGAUAUAGAAAUUACAAAAAAAGUAGUACCAAAAAAAUACUUUUCUAAACAAACAAAGCCACUUAACGUUAAACGUAAAUCACUUCCUGUUAUGAACCUUAAAGUAUCAUUAGAUGACGAAACUAACGUUACUCCUACUUCUUCCAUAGCAACACUAAAUACAAAUGGUACCGCCCCAAAAUAUGACGUACAAAAUAAAACAGAUGACCAUGAAAAAGAUGAAACAUCAAUUGAACUUACUGUAAUUAUUCGUGAACCAACAAAUUUAAAAGAUAUUGAGUAUAAUUUAUCAAAUGAUACUGAUAUGGUAACAACAUAUCCUCAUGAAGUUUUUAAUUCUUCCGUAACAUAUAAUGAUCAUUCGGAACAUACAGUAGUGAUAACAAAAGCUAAUUCCACAAUUGUCAGUAAUGUAGAAAUAAUCCAAGAGAUAAAUUCCUUAAAUGAUAGUUUUGUGGAAUUCAAUCCAUCCUUAACAAAUACCAACCAUUCUUAUGAAGUAUUUAGCACAUCAGAACCAUAUAAUAAUGAUUCUAAUCGUGAACUUAUACAGAUAGAGCCUAAAAUUGAUAUAGCAAGUGGUAAAAGCAUGCAAUUGGUUAAAUCGAAACUUAGUGAAAUACUCGAAUUAGAAAAGUCAACAGGCCAACCUAUUUUUAAAGAUGACUUAGAAAAAAAUAAUGUUACUAUGGAAAGUUUUCUAGACAUUCAUUCUAAUGUAAAAUAUUUUGAUUCGAAUAAUAGUGAUAUUCUGAAUAACCAAACAAACCAUAUGUAUGCCAACAAUAUGAUUACCUCGUCACCUGAAACUAAUAUUACCGAAAAUCAUGAUAAUAUUACUAACAGUUUACAUAAUAAUGAUCCUUUGGUAUCUGAAGUGUUUGUAAUUAAUGUAACUCAGGAUGAAAUACCAAAUAUUAUUAUAAAUGGAAAUAUUACAGAAAUUAUAGAACCUGAAAACUUGAAUAGUAAUAUUGAGCUGCAUUUGAGUAGUAAUUCCAGCGAAGAAGAAAUCGAUGACUUUCAAUCACCAUUAUUAUCUGGAGCUGACGAUUCUGAAAUUCAUAAGCCGAUGCGCACCCGAAGGAUUCAAAAUGGUCAAAACCGUAAAAAGUUUAAUCCAUUUCGCAUUUUAGGUUAAAAAGAGGACAAUAAUGUAUACUUUGACUGCCAACAAAUUCUUAGACUUAGGGUCUGUUUCACAAUGUCUGGAUAAGUUACUAAUAAGCUAUUUAUUACUUAUUAGUAGGAUAAACAGCAUUUUUGCGUUUCACGACUGGCAGAUAGCGUUAUUCGUCAUAAAACGUGAAGUAUCUUAUUUGGAACUUUUAUCUUUCGAAUAAUUUAUGUGUUGCAUAGCUCUUUGUUACUUUAUCCAUAUAUUGUGAAACAGGCCCUAAGUGAUGAAAUAAUACACAAUUUCAAUUUACUAGAAUAUAAUACGUCACUAAUGUGAUCGCACAGUGCACUUAGCAGAAUUACAUUUAUAUUCACUGGCAUUAUCUAGUUUCUAGCUCACAACAAACCAUUAUUAGAAUGCAAUUUCACAUAAUUAUAAAUGUAUCGUAUGUCGUAAAGUAUACCUUUAUUUUAAUUUUCCAGUGAAAAGUAUAUGACAGCGCAUAAAUCAUUAGAUGAAUAAUGAGAAAAAUUGCACAAAGUUGAAAGAAAAGUAAUUAGUGAUACGCAACUUUAGCGUAUUAAAACGCAAACGUUCUUUGGCUUUUAAUAUUUCAUCGUUAGUUUUUAACCAUAUCAAAUAAAAUCUAGUCAAUUCAUCUAUUAUAGGUAUAUAGCAUAGCUAUCAUUUUAGAAUCAUAGUUACUAGAAUUACAAACCUGUGACAUCAUUGCCAAAUCAAAGAUAAUAUUUUACCACAAACUCAAUCAUAUCAUUAAUCAUAAGUUAUUUAUUUUUGAAUCUAUAUUACCGCUUUGGAUAUAAGACUCUCAGUGGUUAGACACAAAAAACAAAUGAUUAAAAAUAACGCUGUUAUCAUGAGAUUUAUUCAUACAGAAAUAUUACACCAAUGUCUAACCAAAUUACUUUAUAUUAACACAUAUUUAUUUAAAUAUUUCGACUGAAAUGCUUUAUAAUAAUAUUGUAAAGGUUUCGUGUAAUAUCUGAUUUAUUUGAGUUUGAAAUUAAAUUUCUACGUAUUUGUAAAUGUCCUUGGAUGUUAAUCAAAUCUUGUAUAGAAUGCGGUUAGCUAAUAAACCAACUUAAUCCUAAAGGAAUGGCUGUUACAUAAAACGAAUAUUUUUUAAUUUAUCACACUGUAUGUAGUAGGAAUUUUAU